AUGUCGUUGGACGGGCAUAAGUCGUUGGACAAAAUGCUACCGGAUGAAGUGCUGUUGAUGAUAUUCUCACAACUGACGGUGGUCGAGCUUGCACGGGUUCAGCAGACAUGCAAGCGCUGGUACGAUAUCACACAAGAGCAUAGUGCCUUAUGGAGGGAUGCAACCGCAUUCUUCUCUCUUCUCGAUGCUUGGAACAAUCCGGAGGGUUUCAAUCGACGAAACCAUCUGUUAGGUGAAAGAGUAUCAGAAAUCAAUCUUUACGGCUUCAAAAAGCUUCUAGAUCUUUCAAAAAGGAAGCUCGACGGUCUUUGGAUUUCACUUUUCUGCGUAAAUAAGGAGCAGGUUGUUUGGAAUGAUGAAUUUUGCGAGAUUAUCAUCGAAGCUUUGGAAGAACAUCCACCUACAAGGUUGACUAUUGACUCCCUUAUAUCUGAUUAUCGCUUAAGCAAAGCAAAUACACGAUGUUUAGAGCAUCUUGCUAAAAAUCAAUUUUUGAAGCACCUCGAUUUAGAAAUCGAAACAAAUUCAAGUUUAUGGAGCCUUAGACUUUCCUGUUCUCUAGAAAGCCUCAAUCUACGAUGCCCGUGUCUCAGUAAAUGCAGCAACAAAGAGGAUAUGAUUCAAGCUUUCACGAGCAUAAAGAAGCUGAAAUUAGGUUCACCUUUGGAUUGCCCUGGAAAUUGGGAGUUUUUGGAAAAGAUUGGACAGAAUCUAGAGAGCCUCGAACUGGAAGAGAAAUUCUCUUUAUGUCAAGCUACCAUUCAAGCUAUAGGGCCUGACUCAAAGCAAAGGGUAAUAAUAUCUUUUCCUAAACUCCUUAGUCUGAAGGUGGAGAGCCGAUCGCAUAUCUCAAAUACAUUAUACAAGCUCAAUUGUCCUCGACUUCAAUCGUUGUCGAUUACAGGCGAUCUAAGCAAAUCAAAGAACAAUGGGCAAGAGAUCAGUGUUUCUGAGAUGUUGAUCUCUACGGAGACCAUUUCCAAUAUCUCUGUCUCUUUGUCUCGUAAUGAAAAAGAAUUUCUUUACAAAGCUUGUCUAGAACGCUUUUUCGGUAAAUUCCGUCAUAUCAAAGAAUUGUGUCUCGACGUGGGGUGCCAUGCCGCAUCAAAAGACUUAGUCGACACGCUUCCAGAGACGGUAUCGAUGCUAGCAAUCAAGAUAUCAUGUCACGAGCACGAGAGAGGUAGCAAAUUACUUUCUAACAGGAUUUCAAGAAUUCAUAGAGAUGGCGGAACAGUCAAUAAGAGGAGGAAAGACGAUAAUCUGAUUUGCAAGUUAGACGCGAUUUGCUGGAGGAUACCUUUAAAUAACGUCACUUACAAUGACCUCACGAUAUUCGGCAGGGCAAAUCUUCGUGCUCUUGCAUUUGGUCGUGGCAGGUGA